AUGAUCAGACUUCAUUACUUGGGUCUGAUCGUGGAAGGAUUGUUCAACGCCUCCGUUCCGGAAGAUCUGAUGCCUAGCGGUAGUUUCUAUGACUCGGUGAAGCACACCUGGGUAGUGAAAGAUACUGCAAUGGAGAUUGGUUCUGUACUCCGAGUGAAAGUGGAUCGAAUUCACGAUAACAAUGAUGGUAUGAUUAAUUUGAUCUGUUCGUUCGUGUGA